AAAAACUCAAACCGGAAGUGAGUCUCAAAGCCGAGUGGAACGUCCGAGGUGCUUCCGAAGUCACUUUUAACCAAACAAAAAACUCAAGAGACACGCACUAUCUUCAUUCUAUACUUCGUUUGGAAGCGAAUCAACAAACUACUUUUACUAUUUUUUUCUGCUCACAAGUUUAACGGAACAGCAACUCGUCCAGCACGGUCGCGUCUUGAUGGCUUUGAAAGCCAAAGUGGGCGUUGAUUGGCCGACAGUGGCGCACGGGAAAACCAAACCGAAGGAACGCAGCCGGAAGACGAAGGAAGUUGGAGGCUGGAGCAACUCCACGUUUGCCGCCUGAGAGCGAGGCUGAGCGGGGAGCCGGCCGCCAUGAAGGACUCGGCGCGGGGAGGAACCCGGACGGAGAGCGAGCUGUGGAAGGCGCACGUCGUCCGGCAACUGCGGCGCCGAGACCGGGAGCAGCACCACAGCUUCCGAGACCUCGUCUGCGCCUACUCUCGCCUGCUGGACCAAAGCAGCGAGACCGACUCGAUCCUCCGAAGCGGAAGACGCGGCGGCUCCGGCUGGCCGUCGUGCGUGUGGCUGAAGGCGACCACUGGAGAGUUAGCUUAUCAAGUGGUCGAGAGGCAGCAGGAGAUGAAAGUCAAAGACAACAUUUUGGAGGAUCAACGGGACAGGCUGCUACAGGAAGAGGGCCGCGCGGCGGCCGCGCGGGACGUCCGCCUGCAGCUGCGACUUCGGGCGGAGCGGCUCGGAGAGGAGAACGGGCUGUUGAAGAGCGACUACGACGCCCUGCUGGAGCGUCGGAGGCGAGCCGAGCGCCGUCUCUGCGAGGAGGACGUUCGAGGGAGCGGCCUGCUGGAGGACGUGAUCGCCCUCAAACGGCAGGCGGCCACCCGGCUCAACCUGUGCAACGACAGACGUUCCAGAGUUGAAGACGUCAACCUUCAGAAAGAUUUGCAGACCGCUACCACUUCAAAGGUCAACGUUGACAUCGAUCGAUUCUCGUUCAGCCUUCCGAACGGGAGAUGUUUAGCAUUAAGGAAAAGGUUUGCAGAAAAAAGUCAAGGGCGCCUGUUGAGGUCAGCCCCAGCUUCAGAAAGUUCUCCGAGGAUCCUGGCGUCCAUCAGAGAACUCUUUCUGAGGAAGCAGGGCCAAUCCGUGCGCGGUUCAGAAGAGGAGGAGCUUGCGCGUCCUGUCAGAGUCCCGAUGUCAGCUAGAGUUCCGAGCCGAGCGCUGCACAUCCUGGAGGCUCACGAGCAAGGCGUCAACGCGGCGGCGUUCUGCUCCAGCUCCGCCCGGCUGGCCAGCGCGGGAACUGACAGGGUGGUCAAAGUGUGGGAGGUCCAAGCAGGCGCCCUCAGACACCAGACCACCCUGGACGGGAGCACGGAAGGUCUGACCUGCGUCCAGUUUGACCCCACGGGUCACAGAAUUCUGGCGGGCUCGUACGACAAAUCUGCUUUGCUGUGGAGUUUGGACCGACCCGUUGCCAAGCUGACCCUGACGGGCCACAGCAGGAAGGUGACGGCCGCUCGAUUCAGUCGCCAUCGAGUCGUCACAGGGAGUGCCGACGGGACCAUCAGGAUGUGGGACCUCCAGAGAGCCGCCUUGACGUCGUCUGCUCGGAAAAUAUCGCCAUCAGCGGACAUUUUGACCACAAGAUCCGAUUGUGGGACACCAGGCUGUCCGGCUGCGUCCACCGCCUGUCCGCUCACGACAAAGUGACGUCGUUGGACCUCAGCGCCGACGGCCGGCGUCUGCUCAGCUGUUGCCGUGACGACGGCCUCCGGCUGCUCGACGUCCGCAGGUGGAGUGAUCACGGCGCCCCCUUCAGGGCCGACGGCUUCAAAUGUGCCAGCGACAGCACCAAAGUGGCCAUCAG